UCUCUCAUACGCAGAGCUGCAGACACAAAAGCCCCUUGCAUUCAUUAACCAAACGUUUUAAUCCCAAAUACACAAUAAAGCAUGAUGAACAUGGCCUCGACAUCAUGCGAGAAGGCUUUAGGACCCAAAAAGAAGAGCGAGAAGAAGAUCGCGUCCAAAGAGGAGUACAGACUACUGUCCAAUAUCAUGGGAGUGAUGAAUAACUUGAGGAAACAGGGAAUCCUCUGUGAUGUUAUUCUUGUGGUGGAGGGAAAACACAUCCUGGCACACAGAGUGGUGCUGUCGGCUGCCAGCCACUUCUUCAGCCUCAUGUUCACAUCCAGUAUGAUGGAGGCCUCCAAUCAUGAGGUGGAACUGGGUGGAGCGGAACCAGAGAUCAUUGAGCUGCUGGUGGAAUUCAUCUACACGGCACGAAUCUCGGUGAACAGUAAUAAUGUCCAGUCUUUGCUGAAUGCUGCUAACCAGUAUCAGAUCGAACCGGUCAAGAAGAUGUGUGUGGAUUUCCUGAAGGAUCAGGUGGACGCCACCAACUGUCUGGGCAUCAGUGCGCUGGCCGAGUGUCUGAACUGUCCAGAGCUGAAAGUGGCGGCGGAUGAUUUCAUCCACCAGCACUUCACCGACGUCUACAAGAUGGAUGAGUUUCUGCAGCUGGAUGUCAAACAGGUCACACACCUUCUGCAGCAGGACACGCUGACCGUCAGGGCUGAGGACCAGAUAUAUGAUGCAGCGGUGCGGUGGCUCAAGUAUGACGUGUUGAAUCGACAGCACUACAUCGUAGACAUUCUGGGAAAGGUUCGAUUCCCGCUCGUCUCCAAAAACUUCCUCAGUAAAACCGUCCAAGCCGAGCCGCUGAUCCAGGACAACCCAGAGUGCCUGAAAAUGGUCAUCUGUGGGAUGCGCUAUCAUCUUCUGUCUCCAGAGGACCGCGAGGAGCUCGGUGAGAGCAGUCGACCACGGCGGAAGAAACACGACUAUCGAAUCGCUCUGUUUGGAGGAUCACAGCCACAGUCCUGCCGAUACUUCAACCCCAAGGACUACAGCUGGACUGAUAUCCGCUGUCCGUUUGAGAAGCGUCGGGACGCAGCAUCUGUGUUCUGGGAUAAUGUGGUUUAUAUUCUGGGCGGCUCUCAGCUCUUCCCCAUCAAACGCAUGGACUGCUAUAACGUGGUGAAGGACAGCUGGUACUCCAAACUCGGACCCCCAAAUCCUCGCGACAGCCUGGCCGCCUGUGCAUCCAAAGGCAAGAUCUACACCUCUGGAGGAUCCGAAGUGGGAAGCUCAGCUCUGAAUCUGUUCGAGUGUUACGACACGCGCACUGAGGCCUGGCAGACGAAGCCUAACAUGCUGAUGCCGCGCUGCAGCCACGGCUCGGUGGAGGCUAGCGGGCUAAUCUACGUGUGCGGAGGCAGUCUGGGUAAUAAUGUGUCUGGAAGAGUCCUGAACGACUGCGAGGUUUACGACCCCAACACUGAAGAAUGGAGGGUUCUGUGUGGGAUGCGAGAGGCUCGUAAGAAUCACGGUCUGGUGGUUGUAAACUCAAGAAUAUACGCCGUCGGCGGACAGAACACACUGGGCGGUCUGGACUCUGUUGAAUACUACGAGAUCGGCAGUAACGAGUGGAAGAUGGCGUCUCCGAUGCCGUGGCGUGGCGUGACCGUGAAGUGUGCGGCCGUGGGCUCCGUUAUUUACGUUCUGGCUGGAUUUCAGGGCGUGGGGCGUCUAGGUCACAUCAUGGAGUAUUACACCGACACUGACAAAUGGGUGGUGUCCAGUAAAGUCCGAGCGUUUCCCGUCACCAGCUGCCUGAUCUGUCUGGUGGACACAUGUGGCGCUAAUGAAGAGGACAUGAGCUUCACAUCUUCAUCUUCAUCAUCGUCAGCGUCAUUAGUGGAUGGACGAAUGUAGAGUCGCCAUUCAGACCAUGUACAAACACUGGAAACGUAAUGAGUCUGGAGAAGAUGAUGGGGAUUUUAAUAUUUCACAAUUCAGACUUUUUUAAUCGCUGUUCUGAGGAAAAACGUCAGCAAUUUGCAAUUUUUUGUUCAUCUCACAAUUAGCAGUACUUUAAUUGCGAGAUUUAAAUAGACUUCGGAGAAAUAAGUAUAACUCUA